AUGGAUAAAAAUGCAGAAGCAAAUGAAAGAUUCUCGCUAUUUUCACCAUAUAAAUGUACUCGAAUUUCACAGUGAAGAAGGCAGCGCUACCUCCAUUGUCUGAAAAUUGAGAAUCUUUCAAAACCCUAGUUUUUCAAUUGAAUUGAAUUUGCCCCCUUUCCUUCCUCACCACCAAUCAACAAUGGCGGACGCUUUCUGGAGGUAUGGUGACAACAGGCAGCCGGCGGCGUCGCUUCCAGCUCAGCUGGUGGCGAAACGGGCUCGUUCCGAGUUUGAGAUGCCUAGUGAACAAGUCACGACAAGCUACUAUGUUCCUGGCAAUGAAAGGGCGGGAAGUGCUGUCGCCGCUACAGACAUGGACCAUGUCAAUGCGUCGUACGAACGCUACUUGCGUGAUUUGAAAGUUAGAGUGCAAUUAUAUGGUGGCCAAACUGGAAGACCUGCUACUGCUGGGCUUGAUGAUCUUCAUGAUAUAGAUGAUCUAAGACUGAUGCAAUCAGGCCCAGAAGCUGCUGCACGAAGCCGGUUAAUGGGAGUAGGUGGGAGACCUGAAAUUUCACUCCCUCCUGACACUAGCAGCUUGUUCUUUAUGGACGGCUUGCCUGCGAACUUUACUCGCACAGAAGUGUCAAGCCAGUUAAUGGGAGUACGUAGGAGACCUGAAAUUGCACUACCUCCUGACGCUACCAGUACGUUGUAUGUGGAGGGCUUGCCUGCGAACUGUACUCGCCGAGAAGUGUCUCAUAUAUUCCGCCCAUUUGUGGGCUACAAGGAAGUGAGGCUCGUGACAAAGGCACCGAGACAUCCUGGGGGAGAUCCCGUGGUUCUUUCCUUUGUUGAUUUUGUGAGUCCAGCUCAUGCGGCAACAGCGAUGGAUGCCAUACAAGGUUAUUUGUUUGAUGAGCACGAGCGGGAUUCUGCUCACUUAAGGGUUCAGUUUGCUCGCAAUCCUCCUGGUGGUACAAGGGUAGGUGGUGGGCAUCGUGGCAAUCAUUGAGAUUGAUUUGACAGGACCCACUGAUUGUGCAGGUUUACAGCUUGUGAGUAUCACAGCUUCGGAGUGAUGCGACAUACUUGCAGAGGCUUUGUUUAGGAUCAGUGGGUUUAUAUCAAGUGUGUCUAUUGGAGGGAAGACUGGUUGGCCUAACCUCCCUUCUCUCUUAAUUCCCUUCACUGGCAGAUAAUAAUUAUCAACUGUAAUAACAUAUAGUGACUAGGAAUGCUGGUUUCAUCAACUCCUGCUGUGAGAUUAUCGUUUCAUUACGCUACGGACACCUUGGUUUAUGAAUGAAAAUUCUGCUACAUUACCUUCCUGUUAAGCUUGAUUUGAUUAAACGUAAUAGGCAAAGACCACUACCAUUUGUUGCCUUUGCAUAUGUGUUUUGAGAUUUUUCUUUGAGCAAUUUGGAUGUGUCAAUGGCAUCAUACUAAAAAAUAUCAUGAAAAUUCUAAUAAAAAGACCUGCCUUUCUAUGUAGGCUUAGAUUACUUAUCUUUCCUUAACAAAGCUUUAGAGCUUUAAAACUCUGUUUGAACUGUUGUCCUCUCGGCUGCCAAAAAAAGAAAACGAAAACAAAAUGUGGGUUUUCCAUCAGAGCACAAACAAGAUGCUCAUCCUCAGCCAUAUCUCUUUCUUAAUUGAAACUCCAGUGCUUCAAGUAAUCUCCUCUUCCUCCUUCACAAUCCACCAAGAGGCAAAAAACGUCAAGUUACUGCCCCACUCUUCCAUUUCUCUACAGAUGUACCAGUGUCCUGAACUGGCAUCAUAACAAACUUACCAUUGGUCUAAAUAGGGCGUGUGGAAAAGCUAAUCAUUGUUCCAUGGGCUUUAGGAAUUAGGAAUUUAGAAUUGCAGAAUUUGGGGGUUAUUUUUUUUCAUGGUAGGAGUGGGUGAGAGAUUGAGUUUCAGCAACAAACAUAAAGACCAGUCUUGCAAAAAAAUAGGGGUGAUAUAUGACAAAAUGCAUCAAUACAAGUUUACAACAUAACUCUACCUAUAGUUUCAGUUUUGGUAACUUCUUUCAGAAAAUGAAUUUAAUUUUCAAGUAUUAUCUGUCAAUCUCCAAUCAUUAUAUUCAAAUUAUAUGACUUCAUCUUUCAGUGCUGUACACAUUUAUGAACACCAUUUAUAAUAAAUGCAGUGUAAUAAUGUAAAAUAUAUCCCGCCUUUUAACAUUAUUCGGCAUCUAGUGUAAUAUAGACAAAUGCAACUAACCCGAAAUAGCUUAUGUACGUGUGUGCAUCCAGUGUGCUAAUUAAGUCAUUAUGCCUAUUGUCUACUAGUUGAUGGUAAGGCUCUAAACAACAGUUGAAAGAGUUGACACUCCCUUUGACUAUGCCUCUUCCAUUUGCUCGAGAAACUUCAAUAUUCAUCACCUUGACGUUUUAGAAAAUUUAGGGUGAUGGAUUGUCCAUGAAAUCUGUUUUAGAAUGAUUUCAUUGGAGAGUUCAUUGGUGGUUUCCUUCUGUUAGAAUGGCUUACUUCUUUUUAAUUGUAUUUUAACCAUGUCUUCUCAUUUGGUACUUGGCUCAGAGGUACCUGGCUCAAAUAUUUACAUCUACCUGUUAGGUAUCAGAUUCUCUAAACUAAUUCCUACUGCUUGCAUUUUAAUUUCUAAGCUCCUCUGUUAAUCAUCUACAUGUAUCAGUUUUCUUUUCAAAUGUAAAUGUUGUGUGAUAAUCCUUAUUGAAUUUCCACCUCUCUGUGAUUCUUAAAUUAAUUUUUACCGACCUGUAUUUCCAUGUCAAAAUGCUCCAUUUUCUUUUAUUUUUGAAGGACACUCUUGUCAAAUCUUGUAAAAUGGUAUAAAGACAUUUAAAUACAAUAAUUGAAUCAGGAAAAAAAAAAUCUUAAAGAUGGCUGAUGUGUUGGAUUGGCGAAUUUUGUCCUUAUCUAGGUUUUCUUAGUUGUGUUUUAUAAUGCCUCCUCGCCACUGUGUAGAAAUUUUUAAUUUUAGUUGCCAUUUAUGGAUAGCUGUUUCAUUAGUAAGAUUCCAUCUUAAGUUAGCAAUUGGACCUUAGUGUGCUGUAUUUCAUUAUACCUUUCACAUUACAGGUCUGAAUGUGUAAUACCACUUAUUUUUGUUGUCCUUGUCAGCAUAGAUUCUCGUUUAUACGCAUGCAUGUCAGUUUGUUAUGAUUUAAGUGCAUUUAUUAUAAAUAUAUAGGAAAAAUAACCACACAUAUACCUUGGCGUCACCAUACUUGAUGUCAAACUUUGUUUUGUGCGAGAUAAUGUUUUCUAGUAGUCUACGGAUAUUGACUCUAUCUGUAAUGUACCUUCCGUUUUGUUUUAUGUUUGGUGCACAGUCAACUGUGCUGCUGUGCAUGUGCUAUUUGAUUGCAUAUAUUGAGUUCCAGUUUCCCUUUUAUUUCUCUUGAAAAUUGCUUUACGAGAGUAUGUUUGGCUUGUGCAGUGUUGUGCACGAAGCGUGCCAUUUGGUUGGAGACUAUGAUAUCUUGCUUGGCUGUGGCAGAAUGAUGCGCUCUCCCACAGCAUUUCCACCGGAGGAGCUGGUAUACAAAAUGAUGGCUCCGCUCGCAAAAAAGAUACAUUACAAAAGGUGGAUGCAGCCAAAUGCAGGUAAAGAAAACAGCUAUUUAUGAGCAGAUAAACGAGGGGACAAAGUAAGGUGAAAAAGGUUCCUUUUGACUUUUGAGGAUCAACACUUGUGCCCCGAUGCACUUUUCUCUGCUGAAGCGCAUUCGAUUUAUCGAUAUAUACGAGACUAGUAACUGAAUGAUGCAAUCUUGUCACGAGCACCAUUUCUAAAGCCACAUUGCUGUUUAAGCUGAAAAGAAGUGGUACGUGUACAUAACCAGUGCGCGUACACGCUUGUUAUCUCUUUGUAUGUAGUUUAGAAGGCUUCCCGGCUGGCCGCCUCUGUUUUUCUGGGAGACGCAGCAAUAUGUGAAGCUUCUAGUUAGGGUUGUGUAAAAUUUACACCUGACAUUUUGUGUUGUUGGUGGGUGUAAAUAGGUGUCUCGGUUGCUUAUUUUGCAAUUGAUGUGUAUACACAUCUAUGUUUACAUUGUUUAUUUAUCAGUGGAUGUAAAUUAGCACCUUUGGUAUUUUUGGUA